UAAGCUUUAAAAAGUAAUUUUAAUCAAAAACUGACUCAAAUUCGAUACUUUAAAACGAUGUGUAAACUUCAAGCAUAAGUAUGUUCAUAAUGCCAAAUAAGAAUUUCGUGCAAAAUAUCGAGGUAAUUGGUGCUUAAGAGACUAAAUAUCCCAAAAUGUUUGCUGUCCCUCUUCCUAAUGAAAGAGUCUUUCUAAUGAAUGAAUGAGUUAGCAAAGAACUUUUAUUUACUUAUAAUAAAUUUCAAAUCAUCAACAGUUUUUUUAAUUUCUUCUAGUAUCUUUUGGUGUUCUUAAGUUGUGACCAAAUAAAUUUUGCAACUCUUAUUUUGAGGAGGGUGGAAACUUUACAUGAUUAGAACUCUCAAACACUAAAAUAAUAAUCCCUCCUAGAUAGCACGUUUUUUCUAUUAGCUAAAAGCUUUUAAAUAAGUAAUAAAUUAAAGAUUAUGCAAAAAAAAUUUUGCGUCAUUUUUAAACUUGUUUUAAAAUGAAUAAUUAAUUAAAAGUUUUUUAAAAAAAUUUGUUGAGUCAGCUGUUUAGCUCUAUGUUAAUUUUACAUAUCGCUUAAAGUAUUUUGUAAGGGAAGUGUGGCGAGCAACCGCCUAAACUGUUCAAAAUGGUAAAAAAACUUGAUCUCGAAAGCAGUUAAGAUUAUUUUUUUGAUAAACUUGUUUUUAUUGAUAAACGCGACUAAAAGAAUGUUAAAUGAUACCUCGUGCAAUACCAAAACUACCGAACUAAAUCUUGUCAUAUUCUAUGUUUUGAAUUUUUUUAUUAUUGUUACUGUUAUUGGAAAUGCAUUAAUUUGUAUUGUCAUAGCAAUGACACCAAGCUUUCGAAAAAAUACUACAUAUUUGCUUUUUUUUUCGCUUGCAGUGGCAGACAUGCUUGUAGGUGCAAUUAUUAUACCAAUUAAUACCAAACGGAUAUACAACAACAGGCUUUUUUGCAUGUCAGAACUAGCUUGCUGGAUUUCUUUGAUUUUAGAACGAACUUUAUCAAUAGCGUCUUUGACUCAUUUGCUAGUGAUUGGUCUUGAACGAUAUUUAUCCUUAAAAUUCACGUUUCAGUACCAAAAAUAUGCCACUCGAAAUAGUACAUUAAUUUCUAUUUUAUGUAUUUGGAUUUAUUCUUUUUUUUGGGCGUUUCUCGGAAUUUUUGAUUGGCACAGCUUCGAAUAUAAAUGGACUACGGUGUUUAGCAUACAUUAUUUGGAAACAAAGCGCAAAUGCAAUAAUGGUCCUAAAGGGAACAAAGCCUACUUUAUAUCAAGUUAUAUUUUAUGUUUUUUUAUUCCAAUUGCAGUCAUGAUUUACACCUACUCUUACGUAUAUAGAACAGCAGUGAGACAUUUAAAAGCUAUCGAGCAGCACGAAAUUGGUGGGAAAAGAGACAAAGAACUUAAACGAAAAGAACGGCAACAUAAGAUGGUUCAGUCAAUUGUAAUUGUGUUUAUAGUUUAUCUUAUAUGUUGGUUACCAAAUAUCAUAACGUAUUUUUUGCACAUCUUCGGCAAAGUAACUAUAGGGUUGCACACAUUUAUUUUGGUUACAGAAAUUUUACCUCCUUUUAAUUCUACUACCAAUCCUUUUAUUUACGUCAUCAGUAACAAUCAGUUUCGUCUGAGGGUAUGUGAGUUGCUUUUAGGAAGGAACAAAGAAAGAUUUGAAGAGUCGUUAUCAAAGCAGAGGUCAUUUAUCGACGUUAGCAAGGUUUUUUCUAAAUUUUUGAAAGUAAGCGAUUCGUCUAACAGCAAUUUGUUAAACAUGAGUCCACAAAAAAUAGUAAAAUAAAUUUUUUUAAAUAAAGUUAAGCAAAUAGUUUUAUAUAAAAUACAUAUAAGUAAAAAAUUUUUGGUUGACAUUAUUUUAAAAUAUCCUAGAGAAUAUAG